AUGGCAGCACACGUGUUUCACGUCCGGGAAGUACGAGAGAACGGCGCCGGGGAACAGCCCGGGGCGAUAUGGAGUAGGGAUUCCGAUUCCUACCUCCAGCUCCUGGCGUUACCCCUGGUUUCGCGAUCUCCAUCCUCGGGAAGUAUAGAGGACCCGGAGGAAAUUCCGGACAUCGAGCUCGAGGACGACCAGCCAAUGGCGGAGACGGAGGGCGUGGCCGAGGUCAUCACCCUCUCCUCGGAGAGCGAGGAAGACGAUGACGGAGGCGAGACGGUCACGCCGGAGGUGUCAUCGGACGAGGACGAGGCUGCGCAAAAGGCCAGAGCGCGGAUGGCUUAUCGUAGCGUCCAGCGGGCUACGCAGGGCCAGGGACGGAUAAGCCUCGGGGUCGCGCCGCCGACCGAGGAUCCGGUGGAUAUGAGACGAUUUAUGGAGGCACGAGUCGCCACCCUGCGGCGUUUCCAGCAGAUGGUAGACGCGCGAAAGGUCGCCGACGCCGAGGCCGCAUGGCAGGAGCGUUUGGCUCGGCUGCAAGAGGAGGAGGAAGCACUGUGGGCACCAGCCACGGAUCAGCCGGAGCCCACGCAGCCACUGGCAAGACAGCUACCGCCGACACCGCAGCCACCAUUGCCGUUGACGCCGCCGCCGACUCGACCACCGCCGCCGCAGCCGCCGUUGCCGUUGACGCCGCCGCCACGGCAGCCGCCGCCGCCGACGCAGUCACCGCCACCGACACCACCACGGAUGACGGCGACGCGGUGA